CCACAGGUGGUGAUUGACAGCAAUCAUAGUUAGUGUCGUAAAACGUGAAAAGACAAAACGCGAGACACAAAGGCACUCGAAGUAGAAUUAAACAUCAACUCAGAGAUAACAACAACAACAACAAAAUGCACAGUUAAAGUUGGAAAGUGACAGCAACGCACAUUUGACGGAUUGUUGCAGAAGUUGAGCCGGAAUAUUCGCAACUGUGUGAGGAGACUUCAAGACACGACAUUUCAGCCGAGUGACUCGUUGAGAUGGACGUAAUGAGACAGGUCCACGCGGGCUGGGAGAAGGAGGAGGAGGCCGGGCCGUGAAGGAGUGCGGCCGUAAACAAGGUGAAAAACAAUCAGUACGGCUUUUUCACUCCAAGGAACGGUUUCAAAGCACAGCUACGAAGACUGCGCAUGGUCGUUUGGCUUCGCCACGGAGCGUUUUCCUCGAGCGGCAGAUCGGACUUUUUCCCAGCAAGCCACCGUCCCCAGUGACCAUGAACUACCUUCGACGGCGCCUCUCCGACAGCAGCUUCGUGGCCAACCUACCCAACGGCUACAUGAUGGAUCUGCAGAGGCCGACGCCGCCGGCGUCUUCCACCUCCUCCCCGGCCUCCCCGGCUACGGAGCGGCGACAGCCCCCGAGCGCGCCGACCCCGGCUCAGACCUCGGCCCCGAGCGCCGCCGCCGGGGCGGGCAGCUUCCUCAGCUCCUUCUCCAGUGUGGUGAAGAGCGCCCAGAUGGCGCAGAACGUCGCCGCCGCCGCACACGCCAAAUCGGCGGCGGCUGCGGCGGCGGGCGCGACCGAGGGAGCCCCGACGGGAAGCGCCCAGCCUCCGAAGCCUGUCGUACGCAAACCCAAGAUCCUGCUGAUCGUUGAUGAUCAACACACGGACUGGGCCAAAUAUUUCAGAGGCAAGAAACUGAAUGGGGAAUAUGAGAUCCGUGUCGAACAGGCAGAGUUCUCAGAGAUCAACCUGGCCUCGUACGUCACUUCAGGAUGCAUGGUGGACAUGCAGGUCAACAAGGGGGGUGCAAAAAUGGUCAGGUCCUUCAAACCGGACUUUGUCCUGAUCCGCCAGCACGCCUACAGCAUGGUGCCGGGGGAGGACUUCAGGAACCUCGUCAUCGGCUUGCAUUUUGGCGGCGUGCCGAGCGUCAACUCCCUCUUCUCCAUCUACAACUUCUGCAGCAAGCCUUGGGUGUUCUCUCAGAUGAUAAAGAUCUACCACUCCCUCGGCGCGGGGAAAUUCCCCCUGAAUGAGCAAACCUUUUACGCCAACCACAUGCAGAUGGUUACGAGCGCUUCCUAUCCUGUGGUGGUCAAGAUGGGCCACGCUCACUCUGGCAUGGGGAAGAUCAAAGUGGAAAACCAACAGGACUUCCAGGACAUCACCAGCGUGGUGGCGCUGGCCGGGACGUACGCCACCACCGAGCCCUACGUCCAGUCCAAGUACGACAUCCGCAUCCAGAAGAUAGGCAACAACUACAAGGCCUACAUGAGAACGUCCAUUUCGGGAAACUGGAAGGCCAACACGGGUUCGGCCAUGCUGGAGCAAAUCGCCAUGACUGACAGAUACCGACUGUGGGUGGACUCCUGCGCCGAGAUGUUCGGCGGCCUCGACAUUUGCGCGGUGAAGGCCGUGCACGGGAAAGACGGCAGCGACUACAUCAUUGAGGUGAUGGACAGCUCCAUGCCCCUGAUUGGUGAACACGUGGAGGAGGACAAGCAGCUGAUCACCGAGCUGGUCCUCCAUAAGAUGGCCCAGGUGCUGCUGGGAGUUUCCACACCGCCGCCGUCUUCAGUCAAGACCACACAACCCAGACGAGGCGGACACCGUUCGGGCUCCGCCUCUCCGUCCCAGUCGGCCCAAGGUUCGCCGCAGCGGGCCCGGUCCGCCACCACCUCCCCCAGCCAGUCGUUUCAGCCGGGGCCCAUCCCCGACGCCUCCGGACCCGGAUCUCAGAAACAGUCUCCUCAACUCAACAAAUCGCAAUCGCUGACCAACACCUUCUCCGAGACUUUGCGCGGCAACGUGAGCGACGACGAGGCCAAGGCCGAGUCCAUCCGCAGCCUCCGGCAGUCCUUCGCCAGCCUCUUCUCUGACUGAGAGCCUCCUUCCUCCUCUUCCUCCUGCUUCCCGUCAGUCUGCCGAGGAGGUCUCGCAACUUCAUCUUCUGUCCUCCCCCCCCCCCCCCCUUUGAUCAGUUUGUGACUGUCCACACCCUUCGUUAGUAGAAAGGCCGAACGAGUCUUCCUCUGAGAAUUUCGAUGUCGGCGCAGGCACAGCAAUAAAAACCCACCUCCGUUCAAAUCUUUAGUUUUCGCCUGAGUUUUCUGUGCCUGCUUUCCCUUAUUUGACACACUUCAGUCCCUCCAUCGCGUUUGACAUCUCAAUCCUCUGCAGAAUAAUGUCACUAUUUGCACCUCGCUUGGCCUUUCUAGUGGCGGAGGAUUGCAAGUCACAAGUAAUCCCCCGUCACCCACCUCCCGCCUCUUCUGCUUGAUAUUUUCUUUUCGUCUUCUUUUGUCAAACCGAUGAAAGUGUUUUUCGCGCUACGUUGUGGUCUUUGCGAAAUAUCGAUUCGUUUCGACGUCUGCAACCCCAGCGUCCGUGGCAAUAUUGGGGCCAACUCGAGAGAAGCGUAACGAUGGGGGAAUGAGUCGUGCCGGGCGUCAACUAGAGGGAAAUGAAAGGGUAUAAGAAGCUCCUCAACUCACUUUUAUGUAGUUUUUGGGUGGCAAAGCAUGACGUUAAGCUUCUCAUCUCCGUUUGCAACAGUUCGGUGGCACCAAGAUGCCACAAGAGGGCGACAAAGCAAUACUUUUAUAUUAGACCGUGCUUUGGUUUGGACAUAAAUACGAGUGAAUCCGAUACAUUUGAUUCCCUCCCCAAAAAUCAUGCUUGGGGGGCACUGAACGUACUCUUUUGGGCUUCAGCAGCGUCUCCUUGGCCGGAUGUAACCAAAGCGCUUUUAACCCCACGAGAAAGUAGUCCGCCGCACGAGCGAUUCGAUGCAAAGGCGCAAACGCCGUCGUCUUCCGUCCUCCUGCAAUCUCCGCUUUUCUUCGACUAUUUCCAUUGUGGGGGGGGGGACUGAUAGCUUACAAUUGCAGCUGUGCGCAAGCAAUGACAAUGUACUGUAAUCUUUAGCCCCCUCUGAGCCUCACACAAAAAAAUGUAAUGUUGAAUUGCUGUAUUUUUGUUGUUAUUCUGCAUGAAACUGUACAAAUGUGUGUGUUUGUGGGUGGAGAGGAGGGGGGGGCUGCGCGUGG